AUGCCCGCGGGUGCCAGCAACGGUCGCUCCAAUCGAGCCGGGGUGGCGAAGAAUACGCCCAACACCUUACUGGUGACCCUCAAGCUGUCUACGAGCGCCCUCCAGCAGUUCGUGGAGGACACGGCCGACACCAAAUCCAUCACCACAACCGCCCAACCGCAAGACUUCCCUGACAAGACCGAACGCUCCUCGCCGGCUUCGUCCAGCGAAGUUCCAGCCGCCCGCCCUUCGUCGGCAGAUGCUGACUCCAACGCUGAUGCGAUCUCCACACCUGCCACAGGGGCCACACCAGGUGAUACACCGCGCCGGAAGGGCAUCCCGGGUCCCAAGCCCGGCAACAAGCGUGUCAACGGCGUGAUAGAUCCCGCGGCACGAGUACGAGGCAGGCCGGGCCCGAAGAAGAAACCUCGACUGGAGGACGGUACUGACCCCAGCAAACUCAACGCGGCCCACCGACUUGGCCCCAAGGCCAACACCGGAGCCAUCAAUGCCGGCCUGCGCGCCCUUGAUCGCACCGGCGCCCCCUGCCGCAAGUGGGAGCGCCAGCCCUUCAAGCUUCGCAGCUUCACGGGCGUGAUGUGGCAGCUGCCCGCCUGGGGUAGCUACAAGCUGGCUCAAGCCGAGGCCGACGAAGCCAAGGAGGUGGUUCUAGAGAGCGGCGAUAGCGAUACCAAGGUGCUGACUGUCCCCGGGCCGGAUACGGUCAAUGGCAGCAGUGCCGUCCCGAGCGAGAAGAGCAAUUCCGGCGAUGGCGAUGUCACUCCUGCUCCCUUCAACUUGGUCGAGCCAUCGUCGCCGGCAGUUGCCUCGACCGCAUGA